AUGGCCGAGAACGUCUCCACCUCGAACUCUUCCUCUCUUCCGCCUCCGCCUCCACAAGCAUCGGCUGCUUCUUCCGGUCAGCAGUAUGAUGCUUCUCAGGGCAAUGGCCAGGCCAACCCGUCCCACAUGCCUCCUCCGCCUCGUCCUCCUGUUGUGAUUCCUCAGAAUACCAAUCCUAUCCCGACCGCCAUCACCUCUCCUAUGUCUGGAAACAUGAUGUCCCCGACCAGCGCUGGUGGAUAUGUGCGUCGGGCUGCCCCCGAGCCAAAUAAGAGAGCUCUGUAUGUCGGUGGACUUGACCCGAGGGUCACUGAGGACAUCUUGAAGCAAAUCUUCGAAACUACCGGCCAUGUCCAGAGCGUCAAGGUCAUUCCCGACAAGAACAAGUUCAACAGCAAAGGUUACAACUAUGGCUUCGUCGAGUUUGACGACCCUGGCGCGGCUGAGAGGGCUAUGCAGACUCUCAACGGGCGCCGAAUUCACCAGUCGGAAAUUCGCGUGAACUGGGCAUACCAAUCCAACACUACGAGCAAGGAAGAUACCUCGGGCCAUUUCCACAUUUUUGUCGGCGAUUUGAGCAAUGAAGUCAACGAUGAGAUCCUGAUGCAAGCCUUCUCCGCGUUCGGCUCGGUGUCGGAGGCCCGUGUUAUGUGGGAUAUGAAGACUGGUCGUUCCCGCGGCUACGGCUUUGUUGCCUUCCGCGAUCGCGGAGAUGCUGACAAGGCAUUGAACUCCAUGGACGGCGAAUGGCUCGGCUCUCGUGCCAUUCGCUGCAACUGGGCAAAUCAGAAGGGGCAACCCUCUAUCUCUCAGCAGCAGGCCAUGGCAGCUAUGGGCAUGACUCCGACUACCCCUUUUGGUCACCACCACUUCCCUACCCACGGCGUUCAAAGCUACGAUAUGGUCGUUCAACAGACCCCGCAGUGGCAGACUACCUGCUACGUGGGCAAUCUGACUCCGUAUACCGCGCAGAACGACCUCGUUCCGCUUUUCCAGAACUUUGGAUAUGUGCUUGAGACUCGCCUCCAAGCGGACCGUGGGUUUGCCUUUAUCAAGAUGGAUACACAUGAGAACGCUGCUAUGGCGAUUUGUCAACUCAAUGGGUAUAAUGUUAACGGGCGUCCCCUGAAAUGCAGUUGGGGCAAGGACCGUCCUCCUACCGGUCAAUUCGAUAAUUUCUCCGGCCAGCAGGGUACAUCCCCCUUCAACUCCAGCCCAGGCACGUACUUCCCCCAAUAUGGUGGCCCUGGAGCCCCGAUGACCCCUCAAGGCCCCAACCCUGCUGGACGAGGCUGGGACCAGGCGGGAAUGACUGGUCAAGGUUAUGGCCAGGUCCCAGGCAAUGCAGGCUUCGGCCGUGGACAGACCACACCAAACUCUGCUGGCUGGAACCAGCCAAACAAUGGCAACUUUGGAAACGGCUUUGGGGGCUACCAGGCGUAG